CCCAACAAAUGAAUAUGGACGAAUUUAUAAUUCAAUACGUUUUGAAAGAGAGAGAACGAGAGAGAGAGAGAGAAUGGAAAGGAGAAACAAUGGCAUGUACAGGAACCAGUGUCUGACGAUGCACCAACCAUGGGCUUCACUGCUCGUUCAUGGCAUUAAGCGCAUCGAAGGCAGGUCUUGGCCUGCCCCUAUUAGAGGCCGUCUUUGGAUCCAUGCUGCUGGUAAGGUUCCAGAAGAUGCUACCAUUAAAGCAAUGGAGGACUUCUACAGAGAAAUAUAUGCUGUGAAUGGGAUUACGGAUCUGAAGUUUCCACAGCAUUAUCCGGUUUCAAGACUUCUUGGUUGCAUUGAAGUGGUUGGUUGUCUUAGAUGCGAGGAACUAGCAUGUUGGAAAGAGGUGCCUGAAGGGGUGAGGCUGGAAGGGCUGACAAAUUUUUGCUGGCUCUGUGAAGAGCCACAAAAAUUGGUUGUCCCAAUGGAGAUGCGCGGAUAUCAUGGUGUCUAUAACUUGGAAAGAAAGAUAUACGAGGCUGCUGUGGGAGGUCUUGUUCCAGUUGAAAGUCCACUACCAGUGAAGUUCCAACUUCCGAAUCCACGUGAUCCUUUUUCCUUGAAGCCUGGAUCGAUUUCUGUGUGCUUCCCAGAUUCUAAAGCAUCUGAAGUGGAGAAAUCAUCAAGUCUCAAUGCAGCCAUAGCUGGUGCAUGUGCAGCAGCAUCACAGUACUCGAAGAAGGGUCAGAAUUUAGAAACCAAUGCCUUCAAGAAUCGACAUGUAGUAGAGCAUUUUACUAGACCACGUCAACUGAAUAGCAACUCUUUGGUUGUGCAUAAGAUGGCUGCUGAUGAGGUGGGCACUCUGGUAUGUCAUAACAAUGAGCCCAGCAGUCACUCCGAGCAUGAAGGAACUAGCAAUAGCCACAAACAGUUUUCUCAUGCUAAACUAAGCCAUCAUCCUGGGCCUUCUUCUAAGAUAUUUGCUGCGGCUGUGAAAGGGCUAAGGCCUGCAUGAAUUCUCUGUUGAUUAUUCUCUGAAGAACAAGAAUUUAAGAUGAAACAAUAGUUUGGGUUUCACUGGGUUGCUUGUUUUUGUACAUAGAGAUAAAAGUGCAGCUCUUUCAAGCAGUUGGAGGACCAUGUUGUAUGUUUGCCUUCCUUUCUUUCCUCCAAUGUGCUAUAGAGCAUUCAUUCAUUGGUGUCCCAGUUCUGGAGCUUGACAUCAGCGAAUUAUAUUUCUUUCAUAAAAUAACUGUAAACUACUUAUAGAUUGUUUUGUUGUAGAAGGAAUUAUAAUAAAGUGUUAAAAACUAUUAUGGUUUAGCUGCAUUCAUACUGGACAACUGAAUUAAUUUUCAGUGGUGUUACUCCUAUGUGGGGUAGUUAGUUAAAAUUAACCUAAUAUAAAAGCACCUAAAGCACUUACUGUAGUUCA